AUGCCGGGAAGACUGUGGAGCAAGGCCAUCUUUACGGGCUACAAACGCGGCCUGCGCAACCAGCGCGAGCACACGGCACUGCUCAAGCUGGAAGGCUGCUACAGCCGCGACGAGGUGGACUUCUACCUGGGCAAACGAUGCGCUUACGUCUACAAGGCCAAGAAGAAUACGGUGACGCCGGGCGGCAAGCCCAACAAGACGCGGGUGAUUUGGGGUAAGGUGAUGCGCGCGCACGGCAACAGCGGCAUGGUCCGAGCAAAGUUCACCAGCAACCUGCCCGCCAAAGCCAUCGGACAUCGCAUAAGAGUGAUGCUGUACCCUUCUCGAGUGUGA